AUGUCGCCCAGCGCCUCCAAUGCCGCAGCGGCGCUGAUGCACCAGUAUAGCACCGGAGACGUAGUUCCCAGCCAGGUCCUCGCUGCUUUUGCCGCCAUCGCCUGGUACAAUUCAAUUGAACUCGUCGUUCUCUACUUCGUCUCCUUCAAACGUCGCCGCGGUUGCUACUUCUGGAGUCUCCUCAUCUCCUCCGUUGGCAUCAUUCCUCUUUGCCUCGGCUAUGUCCUUCUUUUCUUUCCCACCGGGGUCACUCCCUACUUCUGCGUCACCCUCAUUAUCCUGGGCUGGUGUACCAUGGUGACGGGCCAGUCGGUGGUGCUAUGGUCACGUUUGCACCUCGUUCUGCAAAACACCAAGGUGCUGUGGGGGGUCUUAUGGAUGAUUAUCAUCGAUGCCCUUCUUUUCCACGUCCCCACGACCGUGCUGCUGUACGGCGCGGUGGCCGAGCCAGAUAGCAACUGGCUCAAUGGCUAUAAUAUCAUGGAACGCAUCCAGCUCGUCGGUUUCUGUAUACAGGAGCUGAUCAUCUCCGGUAUAUACGUAUGGGAAACGACCACACUGCUACACCUGCGCCCCCAUGGUCGACCCCAGGGUAUCUUGAACCAACUCCUCGUCAUCAACAUCAUUAUUCUCGUCCUUGACGUUGCCGUGGUCGUCAUCGAGUUCGUUGGCUACUACUCCAUCCAGGUCAUGUUCAAGCCGGUCGCCUACAGCAUCAAGCUCAAACUGGAAUACGCCAUCCUGGGGAAAAUGGUUGCCAUCGCCCGCGGCGGCUACAAUCACGAUGAGGUACCGCCGAAUGCCCGCGAAACUACUUCUCUUCCAUCCUCUCGUCGCCACCUGCAUGGCCAGUAUAGCCCGCCGGGGAUUUGGGACAGUUCUCAACAGUCCAUCUCCGCGUCCUCGGCAAUCGUAUAG